AUGCUGAUUGAUCGCCUUGCUAUGCUUGACCGCGGGGCAAAGUAUCCGUCGCCCGUUACCUCGUCCAACAACGACCGCCUUCCGACGACAGGAGAUGUCCACCUGUAUGCUGAUCCGAUGUCUUACAAUACCCAAGCGCCUGUGUUAUAUGCAGACUGCGAAGGCCUGGAUGGUGGGGAAGCUGUGCCAGCAGGUCUGCGGCAUCGCACAAAGGGGAAGGAGGAGGCUCUUGGGAUCCUCAACGAUGUCACAAAUGUCAUGGGAAAGACUGGUCUGGGCAGAUCACCAAAACCAUCAACUGCUAGCCGCUCUUCUGGUGUCAUUGACACAUCCUCCAAACGGAAGUUCGGAAAGUCACGCUACGCAUCUCAAAGGGACCUCGAAUGGGCAGUAACACCAGAAACAAAGAAGAGAGAGUACGCAGUCACGCAGCUCUAUCCCAGACUACUAUAUACUUUCUCAGAUGUGGUUGUCUUCGUUCUGAGAAAUCCCAGGGCUUUCGAAUCUACCGUUCUCGACAAACUUUUGGAAUGGGGCUCGGCUUCGAUCGACAAGUCGCUAAACCAACCCGCUCUCCCCCACGCCGUCAUUGUCCUUAAUGCAACAGACAAUGUGGCUGAUGAUGAAUGGAAUAUCGAAACGGCGACUGCCCGUCUACUUGAUGAUAUCAGCGGAGCGAUUUUCCGCGAGCCUCGAUUCGAAGAGCAAGCCAGGCUUUGGCAGAACAUUGGUCGAACCAUCAACACUACCAAAGACUUACUCGACUGCUACUAUGCUUCAAUCACUGUGAUCCGAGUUCCGUCUCGUGGUCGCUACAUGCUCAUGGACGAUCAGAUGGGAAAGCUCUUUGAGUUGAUCAACAAAAGAUGUCAAGCGUCUUUGCUGACCAAGAAGCGUGUUCGAAUGCUAGCAACUGCAGACAAGUUGCAGGUCUACCUCCACGCAGCUUACGACCACUUCUCUCGCGAUCUGGAUACCCCUUUUGACUUCGUCAAAGAAGCACUGAAGCACAACCCCAUUCCACAAGACUUCAGUGGUAACAUCUUGAACUUGGCGAUUUCAAUCAGCAAUAAUUCGACACAGAUUGCUCAGCAAGGUGGAGGAACUCAACGAAUCUUCGAAAAGAUGGUGCCGAUGAUAUCUUCUUGCAUUAUGCUCGACUCGCGGGAAAUUAUCAGUCAGACGUUGACAUCCAAGACUUUGCGGGUCAGUGGAUCGAUCAAAUCCGAAAUCACCUGCGUCAGCUUCAUGCCAAGUUCCAAGAAGCCACCUCACGAGUACGCGAGCAAAGCGAGCAAAAAGUCGCUGCCGAUCUUCACAGAUAUCAACUCAAUGACUUCUACUACUCUCUGGGUAGUGUAG